AGCAAUUUGUCUUCUAUGUUUGAGGUAUUUUUUUGAAUAGUCCUUUCAUUUCUGUCGAUUUUGAUUGCCGCAAAAUGUCACAAUCCCAGCUUUUUAUGAACAAAAAUGCCUCUACGACCUCUGUAGCUUUGCAGAAAUCCAAAAGUUUCAUCGAUCCCGAUUUCCAAAAAGGCACAUCUAAUUUCACUUACCCCAAUGGAGACACAUAUGAAGGAGAGUAUUGUGCCCAUGUCAGCGGUUUAGUCUGGAAAGAAGGAUUUGGUACUUACACCACAAAUGACGGUCAAUCGUACACAGGAAAAUGGUACGAUGAUAAAUUAAUUGAUGGUAGUCCGGUGGAGAUAACAUUCAAAGACGGUACUGUGUAUGAAGGUAACCUAGAAAAAUACAAAUUUAAAGGAGCUGGUUGCUUGAAUCUGCCAGGAAAUCUGAAACUUAUUCUAGAAUUUGUAGAAAAUAAGCCUGUUGGUGACAUUAUUUUGUUGGAUAAUGUAGGUAGACCUUGGUACGGGAAAUCAGAGGGUGACUUAUGUAUAUUCCACCAAGAAAACAUAUAUUUCGAGAAUAUACCUGCACACCGAGGGACAGGAAAGUCCCGCUAUAAGACGGAAAACAAGCUCACAAGAGUUUCUACAGAAAAAGAACGGAAAUCAAUAGACAUGGGAGCUUUAGAAGAACGAGCUUUCAAAAAGACCGAAAAACUAGCUGAAGAAUACAACUUCGACGAUUCAGAAUGGUACCAAAACUACAUAAGUUUCAAGAAAAAGCAGCAAAUUAUAAUGAGUAAGGUGAGGAGGGGUUUGAGGUCUCAGCUAACCGAUGAAGAAUUCGAGUGGUGUCUGAAGUAUGAAGAGUUCAAGGAGAGGUACGCAAAGUUGUUGCAGAGGAAGAAGGUGAAGAUAAAUGAUCCAGUGGACCUGAGUUUGUUGCACACUUUUUAUGGGGAGGAGUAUAGAGCGUCCAAACCAGAUUACGUGAUGUAUCCUACCGAACCAGAAGAGAAAUAAGAUGUAAAGACAUGCAUUUUUUUAUGUUCAUUCAAUAUACAAUGAUUACU